CUUCUUCGUCUUCCAACAGAGAAGAGUUCUUGAACCGCUGCAGAAGCAGCAGAAAGCCCUUCUCAAAAGGUACAUUAAUUCACACCUUUUUCUUCAUUGAUUCUACUCUUUCUGCUCUUUAGCUCUCUGUGUACAUAUUAUUUUUUCUUUUGCAACUUCAGUUCCUUCUGUGUAAUCAAGAACCAGAAUUCUUGUUUCUUGAGAUAUACAGAAAGUUUCAGCAUGGCUUCUUUGGUUUCAUCGCCAUUUACACUGCCCAACUCAAAAGUAGAACACCUUUCUUCAUUUUCACAAAAGAACUAUUUCCUUCACUCUUUUCUUCCUAAAAAAUUCAAUAACACCAACACACAGUCAUCUCAUAAGUUCAAAUGCGCUGCAAUUGGCAAUGGUUUGUUCACUCAAACCACACCCGAAGUCAGGAGGAUCGUGCCCGAAAAGUCAUCCAAUGGCCUCCCCACUGUGAAAAUUGUGUAUGUAGUUUUAGAAGCUCAGUACCAAUCAUCCCUCACAGCUGCAGUUCAAAGUCUUAACCAGAGUGGACAGUAUGCUUCAUUUGAAGUUGUGGGGUACUUGGUUGAGGAGCUUAGAGAUGCGAAUACCUACAAAACUUUCUGUAAAGAUCUCGAGGAUGCGAAUAUCUUUAUAGGAUCAUUGAUUUUUGUGGAGGAACUGGCCUUAAAGGUUAAGGAUGCAGUGGAGAAAGAGAGGGAGAGGCUUGACGCUGUGUUGGUAUUCCCAUCAAUGCCUGAAGUAAUGAGACUCAACAAGUUGGGCUCAUUCAGUAUGUCGCAGCUCGGGCAGUCGAAAAGCCCAUUUUUCCAGCUAUUCAAGAAGAAGAACAAGUCGUCUGCGGGCUUUGCUGACAGCAUGUUGAAACUUGUGAGGACACUGCCUAAGGUUUUGAAGUACUUACCAAGUGAUAAGGCGCAAGAUGCUAGGAUGUACAUACUUAGCCUGCAGUUUUGGCUUGGGGGUUCACCGGAUAAUCUGGUGAAUUUCUUGAAGAUGAUUUCCGGUUCUUAUGUUCCUGCUUUAAAAGGGACGAAGAUUGAGUACUCGGAUCCGGUGCUGUACUUGGACAGCGGAAUUUGGCACCCUUUGGCUCCUUGUAUGUAUGAUGAUGUGAAGGAGUACCUGAAUUGGUAUGCUACUAGGAGAGAUACAAAUGAGCAGCUCAAGAAUCCAAAUUCUCCUGUUAUUGGACUCGUUUUGCAAAGGAGUCAUAUUGUUACAGGUGACGAGAGUCAUUAUGUGGCUGUGAUCAUGGAGCUGGAAGCUAGAGGGGCUAAAGUCAUACCAAUAUUUGCUGGUGGUCUCGACUUCUCGGGUCCAGUCGAGAGGUACUUUAUUGAUCCAAUCACGAAGAAGCCGAUGGUGAACUCGGUCGUAUCACUUACUGGUUUUGCUCUUGUUGGAGGUCCAGCAAGGCAGGACCAUCCAAGGGCCGUCGAGGCGUUGAUGAAGCUUGAUGUGCCUUAUAUUGUGGCCUUGCCGUUGGUGUUCCAGACAACAGAGGAGUGGUUGAACAGCACAUUGGGGCUCCACCCGAUCCAGGUGGCUCUACAAGUUGCUCUUCCGGAGCUUGAUGGGGGAAUGGAGCCAAUUGUUUUUGCAGGCCGAGAUCCUAGAACAGGAAAAUCACAUGCUCUUCACAAAAGAGUGGAGCAACUCUGCACUAGAGCCAUUAAAUGGGCUGAGCUCAAGAGGAAAUCCAAGGCAGAGAAGAAGCUGGCUAUCACCGUAUUUAGCUUUCCCCCAGACAAAGGCAAUGUUGGAACUGCUGCUUACUUGAAUGUUUUCGCUUCCAUUUACUCUGUACUUAAAGAUCUCAAGAGUGAUGGCUACAGUGUGGAAGGCCUUCCAGAAACUGCUGAAGCCUUGAUAGAAGAUAUAAUUCACGACAAAGAGGCUCAGUUUAACAGCCCAAAUCUUAACAUAGCCUACAAGAUGGGUGUGAGAGAAUACCAGAAUCUGACUCCAUAUGCCACUGCUCUUGAAGAAAACUGGGGAAAGCCCCCGGGUAAUUUGAACUCUGAUGGAGAAAACCUCCUUGUUUACGGUAAACAAUACGGAAACGUCUUUAUUGGUGUUCAGCCCACAUUUGGCUAUGAGGGUGAUCCGAUGCGGCUACUCUUCUCUAAAUCAGCAAGUCCACACCACGGAUUUGCUGCUUACUACUCAUUUGUCGAGAAAAUCUUCAAGGCUGAUGCGGUUCUGCACUUUGGCACUCAUGGUUCUCUUGAAUUCAUGCCUGGGAAGCAGGUUGGUAUGAGUGACGUUUGUUACCCCGACAGUCUCAUUGGGAACAUUCCCAAUGUCUACUACUAUGCAGCCAACAACCCAUCUGAAGCCACCGUUGCUAAGCGUCGAAGCUAUGCGAAUACCAUUAGUUACUUGACUCCUCCGGCUGAAAACGCGGGGCUUUACAAAGGACUCAAGCAGCUGAGCGAGCUGAUAUCCUCAUACCAAUCCCUUAAAGACACGGGACGUGGCCCUCAAAUCGUGAACUCUAUCAUCAGCACAGCUAGGCAGUGCAAUCUGGACAAGGACGUGGAUCUUCCAGAAGAGGGAGUGGAAAUCUCUGCCAAAGAGCGAGACCUUGUGGUUGGAAAGGUGUAUUCCAAAAUUAUGGAAAUCGAAUCCCGUUUGCUACCCUGUGGUCUUCAUGUCAUUGGCGAGCCUCCAUCUGCAAUGGAAGCAGUUGCUACACUUGUCAACAUUGCUGCUUUGGAUCGACCAGAAGAUGGAAUUUCUUCGCUUCCAUCUAUAUUGGCCGAGACGGUGGGCAGAGAAAUUGAAGAUGUCUACCGAGGAAGUGACAAGGGCAUAUUGAGGGACGUUGAACUCCUUCGCCAGAUUACUGAGGCGUCACGUGGGGCGAUUAGUGCAUUUGUGGAGAGAACAACUAACAAGAAAGGCCAGGUUGUUGAUGUUGCUGACAAGUUGACAUCAAUUCUUGGCUUCGGCCUAAAUGAACCAUGGAUUCAGUACCUAUCAAACACCAAAUUUUACAGGGCUGACAGAGAAAAACUCAGAGUCUUGUUCCAGUUCUUAGGGGAAUGCUUGAAGCUAGUUGUGGCUGACAAUGAGUUGGGAAGUCUAAAACAAGCUCUCGAAGGGAAAUAUGUCGAGCCAGGUCCAGGAGGGGAUCCAAUCAGAAACCCAAAAGUGUUGCCCACUGGAAAGAAUAUCCAUGCGUUGGACCCACAAGCUAUUCCGACAACUGCAGCUAUGCAGAGUGCAAAGGUGGUAGUUGACAGGUUGCUUGAGAGGCAAAAGAUCGACAAUGGAGGGAAAUAUCCCGAGACUGUCGCUCUUGUACUAUGGGGAACAGAUAACAUCAAGACAUAUGGGGAAUCACUGGCUCAGGUCUUGUGGAUGAUUGGAGUUAGGCCGGUUGCUGAUACAUUUGGACGUGUGAACCGAGUGGAACCUGUGAGUCUUGAAGAGCUUGGGAGACCAAGAGUUGAUGUAGUUGUCAAUUGUUCUGGUGUUUUCAGAGAUCUCUUCAUUAAUCAGAUGAAUCUUCUUGAUCGGGCUGUAAAAAUGGUUGCUGAGCUGGACGAGCCUGAAGACCAAAACUAUGUGAGAAAACACGCGCUAGAACAAGCGAAAACGUUAGGAGUUGAAGUGCGUGAAGCUGCAUCUCGAAUCUUCUCAAACGCCUCAGGCUCAUAUUCCUCCAACAUUAACCUUGCUGUCGAGAAUUCCUCAUGGAAUGAUGAGAAGCAACUUCAGGACAUGUACUUGAGCCGAAAAUCAUUUGCAUUCGACUCUGAUGCUCCCGGUGCGGGCAUGACUGAAAAACGGAAGAUUUUUGAGAUGGCUCUGAGUACAGCUGAUGCCACUUUCCAAAAUCUUGACUCCUCAGAGAUCUCCCUCACCGAUGUUAGUCACUACUUUGAUUCCGACCCAACAAACCUUGUACAAAACCUCAGGAAGGAUGGCAAGAAGCCUAGCGCAUACAUAGCUGACACUACCACAGCUAAUGCACAGGUCCGUACACUUUCUGAGACUGUGCGCCUCGAUGCAAGAACCAAGUUGUUGAAUCCUAAAUGGUAUGAGGGCAUGCUGUCCACCGGAUAUGAGGGGGUCCGUGAGAUUGAAAAACGUCUGACCAACACUGUUGGUUGGAGUGCAACUUCAGGACAAGUCGACAAUUGGGUGUAUGAAGAGGCAAACACGACUUUCAUUCAAGACGAGCAAAUGCUCAACAGACUCAUGAGUACGAAUCCAAACUCAUUCAGAAAGUUGAUUCAGACGUUCUUGGAGGCAAAUGGACGCGGAUACUGGGAAACUUCUGCAGAAAACAUCGAGAGAUUGAGGCAGCUGUACUCAGAAGUUGAAGACAAGAUUGAAGGAAUUGAUCGUUGAUUCUUGAUUUGAAGAAGUUACUGUCAACUGCAAAUAACAUAGGUGGUCUCUUCUCCUUCCCUUCUUGUAGGAUGGAUCUUUGGAUCUGUUCAAGAAUUGGAACUGAAUUUUUCACCAAUAUCCCAAUGUAUUCAUUUUCCUGGGUGGUUGGUUGUCUGAAUUGUAACCUGUAAACCUCUGAUUCGCAUAAAUUCAAUUUUCUGCCAUUGUCAUCAUGUAA